GGAGGAGAGUGUCAACAUCACAUUUUCUACUUCUACUUCUACUUCAAGUGGAAGUUUCAGUUCGUCAGAGAGACACAGAGCUGCAGUCCAGAUGAAUUUCCGUCUUUCUCUGAAGAGGAGUUUAAAACUGAAUCCAUCAGAUUUUUCUCAGCAGAACAACAGAAUCUCAUCUGAACACUGUACAAAGCUGAGCGUCUGGGCCGGAGCGGCUCUCUACUUCUCCAAACUGAGGCUGAUUACGUCUAGACUAAGAGAUGGGCUCUAAAGCCAGCAGAGAGGCGGCAGCAGUGGAGGCGGCAGCAGUGGAGGUGGCAGCGCUCGGCCGGCCGUUCAGCCUCGGAAUGCUGUACGACUGCCGCAGUGAUACUCUUGUUCCUGGCAUGACCCUGUGGGACUGUGAUGACCUCGAAAAAAACACAAGAAAAAGACCAAAACCUAAGACUGAUUUUGAGAUAGUUGCAUCUGAAUCAAUUGAGGACAAAUCUUCAGCACUUAAUGUUGAAGCCUCUUUGAAGGCGAGUUUCUUGGGGGGACUGGUUGAAGUUGAUGGAUCAGCAAAUUACCUGAACGAUAGUAAGACUUCUAAAAAUCAGGCCAGAGUAACACUGAAGUAUGAAGCUACCACAAAGUUCCACGAACUGUCCAUGGAUCAUCUUGGAAGAGGCAAAGUGAAGCAUCCAGAUGUCUUUGAUAAAGGGUUAGCUACACAUGUAGUCACAGGUAUUCUUUAUGGAGCACAAGCCUUCUUUGUCUUUGACCGUGAGGUGUCAGAAAAGGACAGUUAUCAAGACAUUGAGGGUAACUUGAAGGUGAUGAUACAGAAAAUUCCCUGUCUUGCUAUAGAGGGUGAAGGUUCACUGAAAAUGGAGGACAAAGACAGAGCCACUGCUGAUAAGUUCUCCUGCAGAUUCUAUGGAGACUUUUCACUUCAGAAAAUGCCGACAUCAUUUCAGGAUGCAAUACAAGUCUAUCAAAGUUUGCCAACAUUGCUGGGAGCCAACGGAGAAAACGCCGUACCAAUGAAGGUCUGGCUGUUGCCGCUAACAUGUUUAGAUUCUUCUGCUGCGAAAAUUGUCCGUCAGAUAAGUUUAACAUUAGUUAAAAAGUUACAGAGUGUCCUGGAGGACUUCAGUGAGCUGGAGAUGAGGUGCAAUGAUGCCCUGAAAAGCACCACUGCACAGCAGUUCCCACAGAUUGUCACAAAGAUUAAAACCUUUAAGGAGAUGUGCUCUGAGUUCAAGCUGGAAUUCCAACAAAACUUGGCAAAGAAGCUUCCAUCAAUCCGAGGAGGAGGAGAAGAAGAGGCUGAGCUCGCAGAGAUCCUGAAGAAGAGACAUUCUUCUCCUUUCAACAGCAAAGACCUGAACAAGUGGAUGGACUGUAAAGAGAGAGAACUCUGCGUUUUAAAGUCUUUCACCAACAUAAUGAAGAACACCAAAAUCGUCCAAUCUGACAGAAGUCUUCAUGAGGAAAGUCUCAGUGCAGAUCAUGCUGUGUGUUUUGUUUUCACCUCACUGGGAAGUGAUGAACCGUACCUGUCAGCUUUAUCAGAGUACUUAGGACAAACAACCAAACCAGACAAACCUCAAGAGUCUCGUACUCAUGAUGUAGAGAAGGAACAAUGGUACCUUUUAAAGGAAGUAGCAGAUACAAUGAGGAGAAAAGCAAAACUCUUCAGUGACUUUGCAGAGGCCAACAAGGAGAACAAGAACAUUAAGUUCUUGGCAGUUGGUUCAACAGACGAGUCACAGAAAGGUUCAAGCAUCUACCUUUAUAAAGACGGCUUCUCUGUUAAUGAGAACUUUGAACCUCCUUCAAAACCUGAAACAUUAACAGUCAGAGACAUAAACCACAACAGUGUGACGCUGAAGAUUUGUCCAGCAGAGUUUGGAGCAGAGAACAUCACCUCCUACUCUGUUGAGUACUGUGUCAGUGGACAGGAUGGAUGGAAAGAAAAGACGGCAGCAGGAGCUGAAGAAGUCACAGUGAGCGAUCUGAGUCCAAACACAGAGUACAAGUUCAGAUGCAGAGCAGUGACCUCAGUAGGUGUUGGACCAGCCAAUGAAGUCACUGGUUCCAUUAAAACUUUACCUUGCAGCCCUCCUGGAGAACCUCAAGUUGAACCAAACUCAGGUGAGAUAUCAGUCAGCUGGGACAAACCUGCUGAACUCGGACAAGAUGUCCAGAUCCUGAGCUACAUCGUGGAGUACGCCAAAACAGACAGCAGGGUGAAGGAGGAAGAUCUCCAGUGGAACCAAAUGAUGUCUAAGACUGAACAGACGAUCAUCUCAGGGCUUCAGCCAGAGACAGAAUAUGUCGUCAGGGUCAGAUGUGAUUGUGGUGAAGAUGGACUGAGCAAAGAAAGCAUCUCUUCUAUCUUUGUUGUGCCCCCGAAAGAACGACUUGUUGAUGCUGUUAAAAAACAAAGCAGUUUGCUGAAACACCAGUCAGGUCAUCUCCCAGUUUAUAAAGUUCCCCUGAAAGAAGAAAGACUGACUGUUGCAGGGUGCAGGCGUUUUAGUUUUGGGAAAGAGUCUUUCAAACAUAAUCGCACCAUCAUGGUUCUCGGAGCAACUGGAGCUGGAAAAUCAACUCUCAUCAAUGGGAUGAUCAAUUACAUUCUGGGUGUUGAAUGGGAGGAUCCAUAUCGGUUUAAGUUAGUUGAUGAGGAUCCAUCAAAAUCACAAGCUGAAAGCCAGACGUCUGAAGUCACUGUGUACAAGAUCAACCACCAGGAGGGCUUUAAAAUCGACCACUCACUGACCAUUGCUACUGUUGACACUCCAGGAUUUGGAGACACAAGAGGCAUAAAGAGAGACAAACAGAUCACAGACCAGCUGCGUAAUCUCUUCACUGAUAGGCAUGGUGUCAGUGACAUUGAUGCUGUGUGUUUCGUAGCUCAGGCUUCUUUAGCUCGACUCACACCAACACAGAAAUAUGUGUUUGACUCUGUGCUCUCAAUCUUUGGCAAAGAUGUGGCAGAAAACAUCAGAGUUCUGGUGACAUUUGCAGACGGCCAGCGUCCACCAGUUCUCGAGGCGAUCAGAGCUUCAGGUGUCCCGUGUCCUAAAACAGAAGACGGGCUGCCGGUUUACUUCAAAUUCAAUAAUUCAGCGUUGUUUGCAGACAACAAAUCAUCUGCAGCAGGCAGCAUGAGUAAAUAUGGAAGCUUUGAUCAGAUGUUUUGGGAAAUGGGGGCCAGUAGCAUGGAGAUGUUCUUUGAUGCUUUGAAUGUGAUAGAAACCAAAAGCUUGACAUUAACUAAGGAGGUGCUCAGAGAGAGACAGGAGCUCGAGAAUUCAGUAGAAAAUUUGCAGGUGAAGGUUAAACUUGGGUUAUCCGAGCUUGAGAAGAUAAAAGAGACAAGUGAGAAACUGAAGGAUCACGAGGCAGAGAUCAGCAGGAAUGAGAACUUUGAGAUUGAAGUCACUGUCCCGAAGCUUGUUAAAAUAGAUAUUUCAGGCACUGGAAAGUUCAUCACCAACUGUCAGCAGUGUAAUUUUACCUGUCACUAUCCCUGUAGCUAUGCCAAUGACGCAGAUAAAGCACGCUGUUGUGCAAUGGGAUCAGAUGGAAACUGUACUCAGUGUCCAGGCAAAUGUCAUUGGAGUGUACAUUCUAAUAUGACAUACAGAUUCAAGUUUGAGGAAAUAAAAGAAAAACAAACAGUGAAAGAUCUGAAAGAAAAGUACCUAAAAGCCAAAGGUGCUAAGGCACCUGUUCAGGCAUUGUUUGAUGUAAUGAAGUCUGUAUUUCAUCGUGUGCAGGCUGAGGUGGGGAAACUGAUGGAGAGCUCUGCUAAGUGUUUAAACAGACUGAAAGAGAUAUCACUGAAGCCGAAUCCUCUCUCCGCUCCAGACUACAUUGACCUGCUUAUUGAAGGAGAGAAAUCUGAGUGUGAACCAGGCUGGAAGCAACGAGUUGAGCACCUGACAGCCGUCAGAGAACAAGCAGAGUUCAUGGCUAAAGUAGAGAGAGAAGAGAAUCCCCUCCAGAGUCCAUCUACUGACCUCCAGCAUGUUAGCGAGGACAAACAAAGAACAGCACCAACCAAAAGAAAACUGUCAGUGUCUGAUAAAGACUAAGAUGAGACUGAGCCAAAACCGACCCAGACCAAGAAGAGGCAGAAUCGAUACUAACCCAGACAAAGAUGAGACCAGUUCUGAUACCAGCAAAGUCUAAGAAAGGCCUGAUGUUGCUUCCUAGUGCUAGAACUUCAGGUGUAACCAUAGCAGCAGGUUGAUGAAGAGCUUCAGGUGUAACGUAGCAGCAGGUUGAUGAAGAGCUGGUGCAGCCCAGCCAUGAUGUUCAGCAGGUGUAACGUCGACCACGUUCACCAUCUUAAUUAACGGUAUUUAAAGUAAACAGCAGCUUCAGCUGCCGUCUGCUCUCACAGUGAAGCUCAGUCACUGAGAUGUGACGCUGUGAGAAACAUGAAGAGAGCAGUGCUGCUGUGAUGAUGUGAACACACAUGUAGAAACAAAUCUGACACUGAGGAGAACAAAUCAAAACACUGACAUCAUGUUGUGAUAAAUGUUGAAGUGCUGAACUAAUAGAACAAUCUGCUCCAAAGCAACCUGAUCAUCAACGUCUUUAUUUUUGUCUUUUUAACGUAAAUGUUUGAAUCUUUUUCAUUGUUCCCAGAUUACAUAGUUGAGUUUUUACACUGGCUCAUCAGCUUCCUGCUUAUUUUAACAUGUUUAUCUACUAUUUUCUUUUUUUUCUUUUUUGGACAUUUAAAACCUUUAAGACGAUCUGAAUAAUGUUUAAUUCUCCUCAUACUGAUGUGUGCUGACAUUUUAUUGUCCUGUGGGCUCCCACUGAAAGAUGGAGAAAUCAAUAAUCAAUAAAUGUGAUGA